CAGUAAAUGUAAACAAACAAAAAAAUCAAGAAGCUUUUCUUUCGGUAGGAUCUUUUUCCACUAUUUUUUGUAUAAAGCUCACAUUUUUUUAAAGUUACUUUAUAAGAGAUAUGUUCUCUAUAUUGACCGUUUAGCCAUUAAUAAUUAACAAUAAAUAAAAAGUAGAGAAGUUAAAUAAACUAAUAAACAUAACCAAAAAAUAUUCACAACCUGCCAACCAGUAACAAGACUGAUUUCUUAAUUUCGAAUUUAUGAAAAUGAAUAUUCCAACACUUACAACUGAUUUAAAAAUGCCAAAAAUUCUUUGGUAUCAAACUGACUAUCAUGUUAAUCUGCGAAUACAAUUAAUUGAUGUAGAUAAAUAUUAUUUACGAGUUGACAGAGAACAAUUACAUUUCAGUACAAUUGUCAACGACACGAAAUAUUACGUUAUCAUAAAUUUAUUUGGAGCAGUUAUAGCAGAGAGGACUAUAACUACAAAAACCGAGAGAGAAGUGAGAAUUAAAAUUUUUAAGGGUCAUCUAGGCACCGACUGGCUGAGAUUGCAAAUUGAGCAAGAAAAAAGUCCAAUGAUUCAAAUUGAUCCUGAUCGAAUGAUCAAAAAUGAACCAAAAGAAAUCAAAUAUCCCGUCAACUAUGAAGCAGGAGAAUUAGUAGCAGCCUACAAAAAACUAAACAACAUUAAACACAUAUACCCUGAUGAACCAAGUUCCGAUGAAGGAGAAUCUGAAGACGAGAUUUUCGAUUCAUAUUUCGAUUAGGAUUAAAAAAUUACUUUGAAAUAUUUUCUCUUCUGAGACUCAUUGUGCCCGAAUUAUUUCACAUAAUCGAGAUUCCUCAAUAAUAUUUUUGAUACACUAUAAAAUUUAAUAGAAAAAAAUUAACCAUGUUAAAAAAGGAGUAUGUGUAUAUAUAUUUAACUAAAUACACAAUUUUCGAAGUUAUAGAUGAUAUUUUACAAUUUCAUGAAUUGUUGUUAAAAAAAUAAAAGAAAAAACUAAUAGAAAUUAUACUUGAAUUUUCAAUACAUAAAAGCUAUGUCAUAUUCAUACCUUAAAUUUAAAUUGCAAUAAUGACGUAAUUAUUAUUUUUGUAAUAUAAUCAUUGAAAUAAAUAAUAAUUUUGUAAUUA